GGAAUAGAGAGAGUGAAAAUUGUUAAAGAUGAAGUUGAACAGGCUGCACUAAAAUCUAUUCUUAACCAUGCCUCACCAAGGGCAGUUCUAGAAAAUUUGAGUAGGAAUAAAUGUUACAGAAAAGAAAUGCUGGAGAUUGUGAAAAAAGUAGUGCAGAGUGAAAUAAAGCAAAUUUCAAAGAAGAAUAGUGACAUAUUCAAAGGACACGCAUCCAACAAUGAAAAACUAGUUAAAUUUGACUGGAAAUGUACGAGUCAGAAGCUCCAAGUUCAGGCACCCUUUCUGUAUUCAACAUUCAGCAGUAUUGUUGGCUUGCAGAAGAAGAAAAAGCUUCCAAUGAUGCUUACAUCUAUUUCUCUAAUUUUGUAUGGAAGAUCACAGACCAUGAAUCAGUUGCAGUACAUACUUGGCUUAAUUCUUCAGAAAUGUGGUCUUAACAGAGAGGGGUUGAACAUCUUGCAUGACCUAGGGAUAGCAAUUUCACCUACAAGUCUACACAAGAAAACAAAGGAGCUAGUGAAGCAGCAAGAAAAUCAACUCCAUUCAUUGAUGACCUCUUAUGUGCAUGAGACUGAAAGCAAGCAUAAGAUGGAAAAUGCUGCAGAGGAACAAAUGAAUGCAGAUGUAGUUAACAACAAGAAGCUGCGACCAAUUGAGAUGCUAGGGAAUUUAUCAGCUCUUUUAUAAAGAGAAAAGUAGUGCAGAUACAGGUUCUCUAUACCAACUGAGAAAUCUGUUAAAUCGACGAAAUGUCUCUGGCCCUGAAGAAGUGAAUUCAAGCUACAGAGCACAUCAUGACUUCAUAAUGGAUGUCACUGACUCCUACAUCAUUGCAACAUUUCUUGAUGUCAUGCAAAUGGAGGAUUUGAGUUGUACUCCUAAACCAAUACCCUUACUUUCGCUUAUGUCUGAUGACCAGAAAAAUGAGUGGCUUCUGAAUGCAGCAGAAAAAGUUCUAAAUGAGCUGAAAAUAAAUGAAGUUUCCUUUCAGGCUAUCGCCGAUGACAUGGGGGCUCUAGAUGGUGAUACGAGUAAUCUUGAUGCCAUGAAGUCUGAAGAUUUCUAUUUAUGUGCAGUAUGUGGAAAACAAUACUCUAAAAGAGGAUGGCUUAAAAAACAUCUGCAAAAGAAACAUCAUUGGAAAUUUCACAUUCCCGAGGGACACUCCAAAGACAAUAAUCCAAUACAGACUUUUCUUUUUAUGUCUUUGCUACAUAGAGACACGUGCGACUCGUAUCGAAUGGGUGAUGGAGAAAGAAUCAUCCGAAAUGUGUAUUUUGAAUGGUUAUUUGCAGCUGGACUUAAGCACUCAAAGUACAAACUCUGGCUUUUUAGAACUCUUUGCUACAUUUAUCUUCUAAGCCCUGAGCAAAGUUUUGAAUACAAAUGGAACACGACGAUAAAUUUAAAAGGUGGAACGGGACAGUGUAUCCCAAAUGAUAACUGUGUAGAACUUCAAGUACACACUAUUAAGAGUCAGUUGAAUACUCAAGGCUCCAAUAAGUCAUACAAGUCAGCUAAACAAAUUUGUAUGACCACUCAAGUCAUUGAUGCUGUCAGGGACAAUCUUAUGUCAUCCACAAAAACAGCCAAAUCCAAAAGCAGCCGACCAACGGUUGACAAGACAAAGGAUAUUGUGACUGUUAUAAACUGUUUAAGAUCUAAAGGUUUUAUAAAAGACUUGAUUUGGUCACGCUUUCACAGUUUCAAAGAUCCAAUUAGUCAUAUUGAUAAAAUUGAUUUACAUGAUUGGAUUCUUCACCAGAAAGAAAUUGCUAAUCUGUAUUUGAAAUAAUUAUUUACUUGUAAUUACAGGUACAAUAGUUAUUAACGCAGGUCCCUUGUCAGAUUAUGUCAUACUAAUAUUUUGACGUUAUAUUUCUUAUAAUGGUUUUCCCGCAAUUGUUUUGUGUUUUUCCCUUCUUGUAAUGAGAUGCGUCUAAAUGUUAUCAAAGAUCUAUUAGUCCUUUUUUUAAAGACUGUUUUAUAUAAUUCCACAACAUAUUAUUGUUAUCGUAGUUUAUUACUUAUUCGUGAAAUAAAAUAUCCAAAAAAUAUGAUGCAGUAAACCCAUAUUUCUUAACAAGGGACCCAUCUAAAAGUAGAUCCAGGGCUUUAUGCAUCCAGUUUAAUUUAUAUAGCAACUCAUACAUUCAGUUGUCUACAUUUAGCUGUAAAUAUCUUAUGUUUAGGUUCUUCAAAAAAUAUAAUGUGUGCAACAUUCGGCUUUUAAUUUUGUGUCCACGAGAUACAUUGUGCACUAUAAAGUUUUAGUUGUGUAAGCUUUAUCAUUUAUCAUCAAUUUUAAUAUCAAAAAAUACUUGUAUGGCUAAAAUCUUUAUGUAGGGUUGUGUUCAAAAAUCAAAAUGUCAUAGAAUACAUAUAUUGAGUUUCGGAUAAAUUUUCAAUGCACACCAUUUUUUGUAUCAUUCAUCUUGUAUAAUAAUUUUAUUGCAUGAAAUUCAAAUUGUGCAAAUUUAUUGCCAUGUC